UCUUGACGUCUGUGGUCAAAUUGAGAAUAGAUUAAAUAUUAUUUGUCUUUAUUAAUAUUUUUCUAUGUAGUCUGAACGAAAUUUGUGAUUAUAGAAGUAUAAUAGUCAUUGACAAUAGAAUCAUAAUAGUGUACAAACUUACAAUUUCAAUUAAUUUUAGUCGAAUUUCGACUACCGGGGACCACUAGUAAAUAAAAAUAUUUAUACUAAUGGAUCGAUAGGCUUUCAUUAAUUCAAGUAGUUCACAACUCAUUACUUGCAACGUCCCAAAAUAGAUUAUAUUAAUGACGAUUGUUGAUACGAAUGUGAAGAUAUUGCUAUUAUUCUUUUUCACGUGCUACAUCGAGCAAGCUCAUAACUUAACUUACCUAAAGCCGGAAACGACACAGCGUUUAAUCCUCAACAUUAUCACUGUUUAUUGUCGUUCAUAUAAUUAUUAUCAUGGAGGGUAGAUCAAAAGUGCACACUCUCCGUGUUUGAAAGUGAAAAAUUAUGGAGGCGUUACCGUAGUAAGUGGUGUAGUGACAAAUAUUUCUUUUUUACUCCUACGGACGCCGAAAGUUUGGUUUUCGUCCCGCUGUACAGUGAAGAAAGUGUAACUUUUCCUCCCUGGGUACUGACAAGUGCGCAUGCGCGUUAGUGCUACGUCUGCUCUCACGCACCUAAAAGUCUCCGCCAUUGUUGUGCUCGGGUAAUUUGCAAUAUUGUGUUUAGUGUAAAAGUGAAAUAAACAAAAGGCAAUAAAAUUUAAUAGUGAAGUAUUAAACAAAGAUGAGUUCAUCAGACAGUUCUUAUUCAAUUAGUAGUAGUUUAUUUAAAAAUUAAAAGACAGUUAAAUUGUUUUUUUUAUGAGUAUGGGGGGCUCCGCCCCCCCCCUACCCCACGCCAGGGCUUCGCCCCUGGACCCAGGCUCGGUACUCCCCGAACUUUCGGCCUGUUCAGCACAAUUAGCUUCGUUUACGAGUGCUACAUUGAAAUCAUACAGCUUUAUACGCUAUCGCUCUUUUGGGGGGUUUUUCUGUUGUAACGCUCACAGCUGGCUCACAGCCCCCAUAUAGGAUAUUACCCCCUUUUAUCUACACUCCGUAUAAAAUUUAUAUACCCUAUCUGUCGCUCUAAUACUCUGCGACAGAUUAAUAUCCGCAAACCAAAUAAAGUCAAAAAUAUAAAUUUAAAAAAUAUAUUCCAGCCUAGUUUCCAGUUUACUCAAUGUUAAAGCUUUUUUGUCCCUACGUAAUUCGAUGGUAGCUUAGGGGUUAUUCCAGUUACACUAAUUAGUACGUGAGCUCACGGGGCUCAAGCUGAGAGAGAGACUUUGCUAAUACCAGCCCUAGCAAGAACAGUGCUUCGCGGAAUCUAACACCGGCUCGAAAUCCCGACCCACUGAGAAGAUCCGGCGACAAACUCUGUAUUGGGUCUAUGGGGAGGCGUAGAAAAAAGAAUCGUUUAAAAAAGGUCAAUGAUGGAUGACGAUCCGAGCGUGAGUAGAUGUCCAUUGUGGAAGCGAUUGGGAUGCUCUCGCUUAACAAACCUCUGCAAGAGACGAAGGGUCGCUCCUGAUCAUGAUGCUCAUGGAAAAACGAACGAAAGGAGUCGUGAAUCCCGCAGAAGGAUCAAUCACCCCCCGGCAGCUCUGUACAGCUCGCUUGGAGAACGUUUGCGCACCAGUACACCAUCAGCAUUACAAUGCGCACUGUUCUGCGGGGGGUCGAGAUGCCAGUACGAGUUACCACAGCAGAGAAAUGCGGCGAUACAAGGAAUAUACUCUAGCUGGGUUACAGACGACAUAUUGGCGAUGGCACGACCCAGUACGGCCGCUAUUGCCGCCAGGAAUAUUAUACAACAGUUCCAUAGUUGGGGUAUUCGCACAGUGAUAAACCUCCAGAUCCCGGGGGAACAUGCCAGCUGCGGACCUCCGCUUACGAGUUCCGGGUUCACCUACGACCCUACCAUAUUCAUGGCUAAUGACAUAUACUACUAUAAUUUCGCGUGGCCCGACUACGGGGAGGCUAGUCUGAGCGGACUCCUGGAUAUGGCUAAAGUCCUGUCUUUUGCGCUGCAAGAAGGAAAAGUUGCGAUACACUGUCAUGCAGGAUUAGGUAGAACAGGAGUCCUGAUUGCGUGUUACUUAGUUUAUGCUUUACGUAUCCGCGCCAACGAUGCCAUCCGUUUGGUGCGCAAGAGAAGACCAAAAUCGAUUCAGACAUCAGGACAGAUAUUGUGUGUACAGCAAUUCGAGCAUUAUCUGCUACCACAAACGGUCGUUUUUAGCUCGAAAGAGCCCAUACAACUCACAAAGGACCCGAAAACACAGGAGUUCACGCUGCGUCAGUAUUUAUACCGCCAAAGAGCUACACUACACGGAUUAGAUGAGAGAGUCUUCAAAGAAUUGCCAAAGAUAGUUUACUGCCUGUGUGAACGUUUGCUAAAACUGUGCGGGUGCCAUCAGAGCGCCGGCUUAGACUUCAGGGUGAAGAACCGGGCGUUCUACAAAUCGUUCUUAGUGUACAGACUUAGAAUGAAGAGGCCGCCCGAUCCGACCACACCCGAUGAAACACCAAUACAACACGGUAUGUUACCAAUGGUCGAAUGGCGCGACCCGGUGGAGGAGGACAUAGAGAGGAGCCUUGAGUCCGUGAGCAGGAUCACGGGCAGCUCUACUAACGGAUGUCUUCCUGCCCUACAAGUGUACGAGGCGUUCAUUGCAGACCACAGCGACCUUCCACAAGAAAAGCAAACACGCUUGAGGCAUCUUCGAAAUGAUAUCAACCAGAGAAGAGAGGCGAUGGCGAUGAUUGAUGACGAGGAAGACCCGUUUAUAUUGACAGGUUUGCUGUUUGAAUGGUUUGAAGGUCUAAAGCAGCCGAUACUGGACAAAGAUGACCUCUCGAUCAUAGUCGGACAUGCCUGUAAUAUUGAAUCAUGCGUUUUGGCCAUGCAAAUGGAAGAUGUGAUGCUCGUGGAAUACCUCCUUCGUUUCGUGAUAAGGCUCCGCCCGCUGGCCGCCAAUAAAAAAAUUGAGAUACUAAAAAGAAUACUAGCUUCCUUAACCCAUCAAGCCGUGACGAUAAACAACAAAAGUCUUCCGCGUAGAGACUUCCAGAAACUUCGAGACGGAACUUGUAGUCAAGUAAUCAAUUUUAUGCUAAGAAUGAUAGUGGAGUUGCAAAAGGAUAUGGUUAAGCCAGGCCGCGACGAUGCUGAUGUCGUGAUACCUUGCAGGCGGCUGAAAAUGAAGGCUUGGAAAUGAGUCUGACAUAAUUAGAACUAUUUUAACGGUUUAAUCCUGCGCUUUUUGACGUGAUAACGUCUUAUAAAUUUUAUAGAUGAACACCGGCUGCACGAACGAAAAAGUGUCACGUUCCGCCUGAGCGUGCAAGCGAGAGCGCCAAACAAGCGAUAGAGAGGCACGAUCGGCCCAAGCGUUAAUUUAUAGAAAAAAAAUGUAUUUUUCAAUCAACUCCUUCUUUGUAUUAUACAAAAUAAUGAUAAUUCAGUGAUAAUAAAUCAAUUCAAUUCAUAAAAGUA